AUGAGAUCUCCAAGAAGAAUGGUGCCCCGAAGAUUUACUCGCAGUGGAACAGGUGGUUCCCAUACGAGCCCGUGCCGUACUCACCCAAGUUGGGACCAUACAUUGAGCAUGUGGAGAAGGAUACCGUCUACUAUUGGUGCUCGUGUGGCGAGUCGGUCUCCCAGCCCUGGUGCGACAACGUGGGCUGCGCCGGGACCAAGUUCAAGCCGAUGGUGGUGA